GACGUUUCUAAAUUCCAUAUACCUGUCUAACUUGAUUUUGUUCAGGAACAAAAUAUUUUCUCUCCAGCCGCAUUUGUUCAUGAGCGGUGACCGUUGUCUCAUGAAAUCGCUAAAGACAUUGAAGUAUAUUGGUAAUUCAGAAAGUGAAAUGAACGAAUGGAGGAUUGUUAUAUUUGAAAUCCUUAGUUUUAAAGCUUUGGAGGAGUUGUGGUACACAUGACCAUUACCCAAAUUCCGCUCACUGGAGUCGGUUUUAGCCUUCGAAGAGGAUACGUGUCCAAACGACUCACACAUUAAACAAUUGCCCAAGAAGAAAAAGGUUUUGCAUUCUGAAGGCACAACGUUUUUUGCCUCGUCGCAAAAAGUUCAUAACACUACAAGCCACGCUCUGGGAACUUCCGAAAGAUCUGGAAAAGUCGAGAGUAGUUUCACUUCUACCAACGCAUCAAUGAGGAACCGUAGAGGUGCUAUGAUCGUGUCGUUUCCGAAAACUCUGAAAGUUUUCGUUAUAGCGCUCCUCAGUUCCCAGUUGGAAAUUCCAAGUAUCACCUUCAAAAACUGCGACAAUCUCAGAGAAGUACGUUUAGUAGAUAUCACCUAUGUUUUAAUGACGGGCAGUAUCAAGGGCUGCGAAAACCUUUGCCUGUUUGAUAUCUCUAGAUCGUUUGUAAGAAUUGAAACAAAACAGAACCCUGUUAGACAUUUUCCAAACUUAUCAGUUCUCAAAAUGAACUCACUUCAGAAUGCACACGACGUGAUGAACAAAUUCACUCAGAAUCGAUGGACAGAAAAUCUGAGUUUCCUCCAGGAAGUACAACUGUCCAACAACGUCCUCCGUUCCCUCCCUUCUGACCUGUUCAAGAACAACAUUAACUUAAAACGUCUUCGCUUAUCCGGGAAUCGGUUCAGCUCUGUACCAGUGCAGGUGACGACAACGGCCGCCCUGGAACAUCUGGACUUGAUGGACAACUCCAUUGUAUCGUUAGACACAAGGACCAUGCGCUCAUUGGACGAGCAUGUACUAACAGUGCCGACGUUCUCUGUUGUUUUACAAGGAAACACCAUCAAUUGUGCCUGCUCCGAGAUAACAUUCUUGGUUUGGCUCCACACGACUUUAGUGAACUUAGAUGACCCGGAACAGUACCGUUGUAUCAACGACCGUGGAGUUGUGACCAAACUGGGAAACCUGCAAUCUGCCAAAGCAAUAUGGCGGCGCUGUGUGGGGCGGGAGGCUCUCCUCACGUCUUUGUUUCUCGCUGCGUGCAUCACCAUCGGCUUUCUCUCGGUCUACCUGGUCCGCCGCUUCAAGACUGCUCUUCAGGUCUUCAUACUUCGAAUGGUGACCCCGGGGUUCCGGAUGAAGGGACCACGUGACUAUGGCAACGAUGUUUUCAUCGGGUAUGCUGACGAUGACUUCCGGUUUGUUCGAUACGUGUUGCGCAGACACCUGGAGGAGGAGCUUGGCGUGAGCACCUACAUCCACCAGCGCGACAACAGAGGCGGCUACUUCGACGACCAGAUCGUAGAUGCUGUAGGGGACAGCUGGCGCCUCAUCCUGCUUCUUUCCGACAACUUCCUCAGGCACUACAGCAAGGCACACCUUACCAUGAAGCUGUGUGCCGCAGCCCCGAGCCCUGUGAACCCUGAGAGUGUGAUGGUGCUCCUGGAAGAAGGUCAAGGUCGGCACGUGCCCGACUACCUGAUGGCAGUGGUAGACGAGGACAGGGUGGUGAGGCUGGACCCACAGGCACAGAGACUGACGUACGAACAGAAGCAGAAGAUCCGACACUGGCUCUCUGAGUGAGAGAGGGAAAGAGAGGGGGAGAGAGGGAGAG